CGCCCCGCCCAUCCCUUCAUCGCAUGAUGAUUCGCAUGAAGUAAACAACUAUCGAAAACCAGAACACACCUCACUCACACUUGUUCUCUUCUACAGCGGAAGGAAAUCCAUUCUCUCCGAUCCUUCCGUUUUCUUCGACGUCUUACCGCCGGCUUAUGAUGGAAGUGCCAGCAGGGUUCAUCGCCAAGCUCUGGAGCUUUGUCUCCUUUCUUCCUUUUUUCUUCUUGCUCUUUACUCUUGGCUGUCUUAAAGGGUUAAUCAUUGGCCCCAUUGUAUUAGGCGUCAUUGUUAUCGGAAAUUCCACAAUUGUGGUUGGACUUUGGCUGGCUCAUUUUAUUUGGACCUACUACUGUGUGGCAAGAAGCAAAAGGCUUGGAUGGGUUUUAAAGAGUGCAGUGCUGGUGUUAUUGCCACUACCUUUGAUUCUUUGGCCGAUCAUAGCAAUUCUUGGAAGCCUUUUGGGUGGGUUAGGAUAUGGGUUCUUUGCCCCCUUGAUUGCAACGUUUGAGGCUGUUGGAGAGGGCGUGACGGACGCAUUCUAUCAUUGCUUUGUUGAUGGUACCGUAUCCACGGUUAAAGGGAGCCUCACUGUGGUAGUGGAUUUUACGGAUUUUUGCUUCCACUCUUACUUCUCUUACAUGGAUGAACUUUGUGAAGAAGUGCAUCCAAAUGAGAAACCCAUGGAAGUAAAGUUGUCAAAGCUGCCUAGCUGUCUUCUGGUUUCUAUGCUUGCUAUUCCCGUGGAUGUUCCCGUCAUUACUGCUGUUGCACUUUGGAAGAGCCCGUUCAUGUUGUUUAGGGGUUGGAAAAGGCUAUUAGAAGACUUGGUUGGAAGGGAAGGUCCGUUUUUGGAGACUGUAUGUGUCCCUUUUGCAGGUCUCGCAAUCCUUUUAUGGCCACUAGCAGUAGUCGCGUCUGUGAUUGCAUCUUUCCUUUCCAGCUUUCUUCUUGCACUAUACAGCGGGGUGAUUGUCCAUCAGGAAGAUUCGUUCCAAUUGGGACUUGCAUACAUAGUGGCAGCCAUUUCGUUGUUUGAUGAGUACACAAAUGACUUGCUUGACAUGAGAGAGGGGUCAUGUUUCAUCAGGCCUAGAUACCGUAGAAAUAUGAGCCCUUAUAAUGAUGAAGAAAUUAGAAGGAAUUCACUUGAUCAGCAAAAUGGAAGGGAAGAAUCACGAAGUUCAAAGAUGGCUUCGCAAGGGUCCAGAAAACUGAAGCAAGCUAUACAGCAAUACACACCAGUGCAGGUGUGGGACUGGCUUUUCAAAUCCUGUGAAGUGAAUGGCAGAAUUCUCCUUCACGAAGGUCUAAUAGAUGCCAAAGACAUCAUGGACUGCAUUGCGAGGGGAAAAUGCAAGAAGUUAGGUGUGAAACUUCCCUCCUUGUCCAUUUUGCAGUGCCUGCUUGAAUCAGCAAAGUCCAACUCAGCUGGCUUGGUGAUCUUUGAUGAGGUGGAAUUAACAAAGACCAACUGGCCAAAGGACAGAAUAUUCGAGUGGUUUGUCGGACCGCUUUUAAUCAUGAAGGAGCAAAUAAAGCGACUUCAACUGCAGGAAGACGAAGAAAUUUGCCUUAGAAAGCUGCUAAUGCAUUGCAAAAACGACAGACCAGAGGAUUGGGACACGAUUGGAUUCCCCUCCAGUGACAAUGUCAAACGAGCCCAGUUACAAGCGAUAAUCAGGAGGUUGCAGGGAAUUGUUAGUUCUCUGUCGCGUAUACCUACAUUUCGAAGGCGCUUCAAGAAUCUGGUGAAGUUGUUAUACAUGGAGGCAAUCGAGAUUGGUCUUAUUGUCUCGNAUGCCAACAUUGAAGGUGCCACCAAGUCUGGCCAUGGCAAUGGCAGUAGAUGCAGUAAUGGUAGAGACGACUCGAAGGAUGGGAAUGCAAGUCCAGAGAAUGAGCUUGGCUUUCAGGUAAAUGGAAAUGUUGUAUGAAUUAUGAUGAUGACCAUUCGUUGAAACUGAAAGUUAUAGCAUAUAUGUUACAUGUUCAUUGUAUUAGGCAUACAAGUCAACUCUUAGAGAAUCAUAUAAAAUAUGUUUUGUUGUGAAUUAUAGCAAUUAGCAAUGCUUAGUUGUAAUCUAAGGUUUUAUACCUUUGUGGUUGGAUGGUUUCGUUGAAGAUUUCAGAUUUAAGUUUCAUUCCAGUUAGGGUUACUUUUGUAAGACAGAUAUUUUUUUUUUUUUAAUACUACUAACUCUAUUAGAAUGCAA